AUGGGUUACGAUCGGCCCCGCGGAGCCCUGCAGCCUCGCUCCGAUGAUCGAUUGAACUUGAGACGCUCGGUGGUGGCGUGUAAUAGAUGUCGCAAUCGGAAAACCCGAUGUGCGGGGAAUCCGCCGGCGCCGUGUGCCGCCUGUGAGGAUGUCGGCCAUGCCUGUGUCUAUUCCGAGGCCGAAAAGCGCGUGUCGAUAUCGGAGAGCUUGAUAGAUGACCGUCAUCUGUCGCCCUCGCUUGCAACUCCUGGAUCCUCCCAGGCGACUUCAGGUCUCUCUAAUGCGGAAAUCCCAGCGGAGCGGGAUGACUGGUGGUACAAGGGUUCUGACGAUCUGUUCCUCAACCAUUCGGGAGAGCACCAAUAUGUGGGUGCGUCGUCGGCCACGCACAUGGCCAAACGUCUUCACCCAACAUCCAAUAAUUUUGCGUGGGAUGUGCGACCCUUGUACGAUGAUCCGUCAUCUUUGCGACGGUCGGUCAGUCGUGCUCUACCCCAGAUGCCACCAUUCGAGUUUGCCAAGAGAUUAUUCUGGGUGCAAUACACCUACAUUGGAACCAUCUUUUCUCUCAUCCAUCCCGACGACUUUGAAAGACGGCUGGCGAUCGUCUACAACCGACCUCCGGAUGUCUCCAAUCGGGAGUCGUGUCUGGUCUACUGCCAGGUGCUACUCGUCAUCGCCUUUGGACUGAUGUAUUCGGUGAACCAGUGGUCAGGAGAUGAUGGUCCACCUGGGUUCAGAUACUUCAAACACGCCUUGCGAUUCUUGCCGGAUAUCCACGAGGACGGCUCCAUCUUUUUCGUCGAAGUGCUCUGCUACGUGGCGUAUUACAUGCAGAACCUCAACCGGCGGGAUGCGGCAUUUCUAUACAUCGGACUGGCCCUUCGGAUGGCCAUCUCACUUGGCCUUCACCAGGAGGUGUCCGACCCAGCCAUUGGGGAAGAAGAUCGGAACCGUCGCCGCCGUGCCUGGUGGUCGGUGUAUAGCUUGGAUCGGCUGCUUUCGGUGAAAUCUGGCAACCCUAUUACCAUCCAGGAUGAAGACAUUGGCACCACCUGGCCGAUUUCGAUGAAUGGAUCAACCACGGCACCAUGGCCGUCCGUCGUGCUCACUCACUACACUCAACUGUCUCGCAUUCUGGGCCGUGUGGGUGAGGAAAUCUACCGGAAGAAGCCCCGAUCUGGCUCCAACCUCCUCAUGUCGGUGCAGAGCAUCACGAACGAUUUAUCCAAGUGGCUACGGCAGAUCCCAGACCGGCUUCGGAUCGACUUUUCGACCCUCGGCACCCACGUGAACCGGGAAUCGGUAUCCAUAUUCUUACACUUUUACUCUUGUGUGAACAUGACGGCCCGGCCCCUGGUCUUCUACGUGAUUCAACGCCGCUUGGACGGGGAUGCUCAAGGCUCGGCCAGCGAUGACUGGCGAGAUGGGCUGUCGCAGAACACGGUGGCCGUCAUUGACAGCUGUAUCACUGCGGCUCGCGCCACGACCUUGAUCAUGGACGCCGCAGCCAAGCACAACUUACUUGCUACAUACGGGUAUCUCGAUGGAGAAUACGUCUUCUCGGCCGCUCUACUGCUCGUCAUGGUUAAUGGCGCCUUCCCCCCAGAUGACACCAAUACACGGACCAUGGAGAUGGCAUUGGCUCUCCUUCGUGGGAUGGCGGACCGGGGGAACGUGUACCUCGCGUCGCGCCAUGCACUUCUCUUGGAGCUACAGGCGGCCAUCAGCCCGAAGCGCAUGGAUGUCGCUGCAGAAUCACCGGUUACCACCAGUAGUGGUGCUCACCAUACGAGCCCGACAAUGAACAUGCUAGAUGAACGACCCCCUGCAGUAUCAACCGAGUGGCCUCUACCGCAGGAUUUGUCGUCGGUGCGAGACAUCUCCUUCAACUUUGACGUCACCGAGUCGGAUCCCGGGCUUUGGGAAGAGGUAUUGGAUCAGAUUGAUAUCGACAUGGAUACUGACUGGAUUGAGAGCACGCUACGGAGGUGA